UCGCGUUCGUUCACAUGAGUGCUCCUCGCCCCCGUCUCCCCGUGUACCUAGCUUGGUCGGAACACAGGCAGAAUAGGAAAUGGGCACUGCCCAACCCAAGGAGGCUGCUCAGCUUUUCAGGAAGGACAUUGUUUCCUCCAGAAAUGCCCCGUGAGAGGAACUUGAGAGCCAUUUACAGCGUCCUCAACAGGCCUUAUAGGAAGACCAGAAGAUGGUAAUGAUGCGGGUGUGCUGGUUGGUGAGACAGGACAACUGGCACCAGCGAAUUAAACUGCCACAUUUGAAAGCAGUCAUUGUGGGGCGUGGUCCAGAGACCAAGAUCACUGACAAGAAAUGUUCUCGACAGCAAGUUCAGUUGAAAGCAGAGUGUAACAAAGGAUAUGUCAAGGUAAAGCAGGUAGGGGUCAAUCCCACCAGCAUUGACUCAGUCAUAAUUGGGAAGGACCAAGAGAUGAAGCUGCAGCCUGGCCAGAUUCUCCACAUGGUGAAUGAACUUUAUCCAUAUAUUAUAGAGUUUGAAGAAGAGGCAAAGAGCCCUGUCCUGGACCCACACAGGAAGAGAAAGAGGUCAGGCAACAGUGAUUCUGCAGAAAGGGCUGCUGCCCAGGAAGCUGAGCCCAGUACAGGACUGGAACCUGGGAGCAACCCGAGCCAGUGCUCUAUGCCCCCAAAGAAAGAAAAAGAUGAAUCCACCAAAAAGAAAUCAUUGGGCCACUGGAGUCAAGGCUUGAAGAUUUCAAUGGAGGACCCCAAAAUGCAGGUUUACAAAGAUGAGCAGGUGGUGGUGAUUAAGGAUAAAUACCCCAAGGCUCGUCACCACUGGCUGGUCUUACCGUGGGCCUCCAUUUCCAGUCUGAAGGCUGUGACCAGAGAACACCUUGAGCUCCUCAAACACAUGCACACUGUGGGGGAAAAGGUGAUUGCAGACUUCGCUGGCUCUAGCAAACUCCGAUUCCGACUGGGCUACCACGCCAUUCCCAGCAUGAGCCAUGUACACCUUCAUGUGAUUAGCCAGGAUUUUGAUUCUCCUUGCCUUAAGAAUAAAAAGCAUUGGAAUUCUUUCAAUACAGAGUACUUCCUUGAAUCACAAGCUGUGAUUCAGAUGCUACAAGAGGCUGGCAGAGUGACUGUCCGAGAUGGAAUGUCUGAGCUCUUGCAGCUUCCUCUCCGUUGUCAUGAGUGCCAGCAGCUGCUGCCUUCCAUUCCUCAGCUGAAAGAGCAUCUCAGGAAGCACUGGCCGUGGUGAUUCUGCGGAGCCUGAACUUCUGCAGCAGAUCUUCUAAUUGCAUCCAGUUUCAUUUCCAACCUUAUUACUUUAUAUUUGCUGCACUUUAAUCUUUGUUGUAAAAUGUUUCGUGAGUUUAUCACUGGAAAAAAAGAAGGCAACACAACUGUGCUCAUUACUGUCUGUGAAAGAAAUGAAUAGCAAAUGUACAGUGGCCAGUCACGAACAGACUUGGGCAGAAGAGAUGUGAGUGGUCACUGAUCAUGACGCCCAUCUGUUGUAUUGUGGUUGGUGAACUGAAGGUUAGCACAAAAUUUGUAUCUUAUGUGAUGACUCAGGUUAACAUAUGGUGGUAACUGAAAUUUGAAUUGUUUUAUUGAAUGACUGGUGUUAUUUAAACUAUGGUAACUAAAAUUUGUACAUCUUGGAACUGUGCAAAGCAGGGGAUGCCUAUAACCUAUGCCAAUGAAUCACUUAUCUUUAAACCUCAUCUACUUAAUACUCUUGGGUCUCAGACUAACUCUGUUUUGUGUCAGAGUCUUGAGGCUAUACCACUCUGACCUUUGAAUCAAAAUUAUUGUAGAGAAGAUGAUCCCUGUGAUUAUCUUCUGAAAAUGAGUGCUCCUCUUGGCUUCCUACCUCCUAAUGAGGCCUUGAGAAGCUCUGCUUCUGACAUUUGUCAUUUCCUUCUAUGGACAAGACAGCAAAACCUUCUCUAUCUCUGCUGCCUGCUCUCCUCACUCUGUUUCUCCAUGACCUUGUGAUUUAGAACUGCCCUCCAGGAGCACAUGGCAGCCCUUGCUUGGCUUUAGAGCUCUUACCUUCCAGUCAGGAUGAAAGUUUUGCUUGAAACACCCACAGUGUCAGCCAGCUAGAUGCUGCCUUGCUAAUGAAUAACUCAUAAACCCAAAGGCACUGUUUUCCCUGAAGAAUGCCUCAUAGUGGCUGUUACAACCUCUAUUUCAAUCCUCAGGCCAGUCUGGUUUUUUCCCCUUUAAGAAUCUAAGUUUCAAAUACUCUUCUGUAGUAUUUAACAUGCACUUCAAAGGUUCACAGAGGAAAAAAGUUUCCUAAAGAGAUGCUGUCCCUCUUUUUCCUUCAGAACCUUUGAGGCAUUUUCAAUGUGCCAAAAUGGGUUUUAAAUGGAUCCAGAGAGAUUCCUUGUGCUUCUUUUGUGCCUCCAAGCACUUAGAACAUGGCUAGGCACAUAGAAAGCAUUUAACAAGUGCUUGUCACUCUGCUUAGUGAAAUGACAAGCUAUAGGUGUACUUUGAUUUACACUUCAAUUUUUUUCUGAAAAUUGAUUUUUUUGAGGAUGGGGAGGGAGACAUGAUACUGGAUUGGCAGGAGGGGAAGAAAACUUGCCCUGAGAAGAUUCAUAAUGUGGAUCCUCCUAACAGUGACAGUUUCAGACAUCUUUUUGUUGAUGCUUUUGCAAAUGAGUAGUUUGUGGGCAAAAUAUCUUUUGUUCAAAUGCAUAUUUUAAAUAUUUGCUUUAUAUAUGAUAGCUCUCUACUAGUGAAAAACUGUUGCAGUUGAAAUAAAAAGAUGAGGCCAUGAGACUUGGGAAAAGGUACUGUGACUUGUUCCCUGGAGGGGAAAAGCAUGAGACCUAAUGGGAAUUUCUCUCUUCUGGAGACAUGCUUAUGUCUAGGCUGUCAGUCUUCCCACUCAUUAGCAGUCUGGGCUGUUUUCCUUUUCAUUCUGUCUCACCUAUGAUAACUGUGAAUUCAGUGGACAUCUAAAUGUGUGUGUCGUGAGGGUAGCUUCCUCCUUUCUGCUGUUAUUUCUGAGCAGCCUAAGGGCUAUUUGAAGGUAGGGCCAAAUCCGCUGGGUAGCCUUGUCUUUGUUUCCUCUAGCCCCUAGCGGAGAAGAGGACUAUGUGCACUGUGGGUGUCUAGAAGUGCUUAUGGAGUGAUUAAAUCAUGCUUUCUUUAACAGCUUGUAAGAUUUACUCCGGGAGAAUCCAAGGUCAGUUACAAGAUCAGUUCAGGGCACAAGAGGAAGGAUCUGAGGGCUCAUGGUGCCAUGUCAUGAGGCUGGAUUUAGGAACAGAAAAGCAUGACUCUAGGAACUCCUUUCUGACAUGGUUCAUUACAUGAUUCAGAAUAUUUAAGGGUAAAGUGGCAGCUGCACACAGUCAAAAAGUCACACACAAUACCAGUGCUAAUUCCACCCCAAAACAGCACAGGUCAGGGGUUCUCAGUGCUUUCUCAAUUUGUUUUUUGUUCAUUCAUGUUAGUUUAUGUUUUAGAUGAAGAGUUUCAAGAAAGCAGGGUUCAGGGUUCAGGGCUGUAUGGUUUGAACUGUGACCUCCCCCGCCAGUUCAUGUUGAAAUCUCUAAAACCUAGUACCUCAGAAUGUACACACACACACACACAGAAGUUUCUAUGUUCCUUAAAAAAGACUUAAAUUGUAUUAUGAGCCUUUGUCUAUGGUGCAGCAGAAUUUUCUUUAACAUCAUUUUAGUGAUAUAUAAUAUAGCACUGAGUUGACGCAAUAGUUUACUUACCAGUUUCCCAAUUCUUGGACACUUGUUUCAAAUUCUAUAAAAAUAAAGAACUAUAAACAACAUGGACAUCUUUGACAACGGGUAUGUUUGAACAUACUUUUUUUUUUUUCUGUUUUGCAUUUCUUCCUAAGAGCACAUUCCCACUGGCUGAAUUACUGUGGGAAGAGAUACGUUUAUUUUUGUGCAGAAGCUUUGUGUAUGUCCUGCCGUUGGCAGUAGGAUCCCUUAGAGAGAAUUUUUAUCUGGGGCCACUCUUCUUAGUUUAACCUGUGCCAAGAUCCCCAAUGUCUUGGAAGCACUACUGCUGCUUUUGGGCAAUCAUCUAUCUAGUUUACAGCUAAUGCAUUUGGCCUAAUACGUUUGCAGGAUCAGUCUGAUAAAAUUCAAGGAUAAAUGAAUAGAUGGGACUGGACAGAGUGUGUCUCACACUCACACAAGGAGUUGGUUGAAGUGUCCUUAGACACCUCGUAUCCUCGGUGACACUUAAUGUGUCAGUGAAGGGGAGUGUGAGCACAGGAAAGCGGGCACAGAGAAGUAGCUCUGCCGUCCUGACCAGGGAGGAGACACAGGGGACCAUGUAGGACACUCAGCAACCACGUGGGUUGCUGUGCAACCCACUGUGCUAUGGGUCUUGCUUGGGCAACAAGAUAUCAAGUUUUCCUAGGGUUUAGGGGGCACGUCUCUUCCCGAUCCAUUAUAUCUCCUUUGUUCUGAACAGUCUUCUGACUGUUGAUUGGCUUCUUUGGUAUCUUCAUACCAGAAUGGUGGCAGCGCACCAUGUAACGUACUAUGUUUGCCUCUGUAUUCCAGCUACGAGGUUGCUACUCACGAAAGAACAUAGGACCUCCUGCUAUGCUUUGUGGGCUGACUUUAAUCCCCAAGCCAUUCUUGCUUUCUUAAUUUUACUUGAUUUUGGCCUCAUUUUUUUAUUUUGGAUUUAUUUGCUCUUGUAACAUGUUUGCAUAUUUCUAAGUGGCCUUAAAUUUGUUUUGGAGUAAGUCAUGGUUUGAAUGAAGAAUGAAAGAUUGGCUAGAUUCUGGGCUUAGGAAUUGGUCUGGUCCGUUUGGUAUGAGCUUGGUACUGAGAAGUCACUCAUCUUGGGUCCAGUGUCUGGAUCUGACUUAUCCAGGACCAGGCAGUCAGUGCUGAAGGUUCAGCCUCAGUGCUGUCCUUGAGGUCCUGUCAUUAAAAACCCAGCCCCUCUUAGGCUCUCCCCUCCUUCACUUUGUACCUCUUCAAAAUGGUAACAUAUAGAUCAUAUUUAUUCAAGGGUUAAAAGCCUACUUAGCAGUUAAGUAUGCUUACCCUAUUUGUCUUUUCUGCCUCCUUGUGUAUUUUACUUCUGUAUUUCAACCUAUAGAAACUUUAAUUUCGACUGAAGGAGAAAAGUGGAUUUGCUUUUAGCCUGGAUUAUUCUGCUAAGUGAAUGUUGUAAUUUUAUAAUUCAGAAUUUUGGAACAGAGCCCUUAUUAAAAGUUACUUAGCAACUUACAUCAUUGACUUUCCGGCAUCUUUUAAAAAAUGAAUUUACUUCUUCUUCCUCAAGGAGGCUCUUGAAAGUAGGGACCUCUUCAUAUUUGAAGUGCUCACAAAACUGAGACCAAGUCUUUUCACAAAGUAGUUCAUUACAAGUCUGUUGAACUGGAUACUCUCACCUUCAAACAGGCCUGAGAAAUAAAGAUGUCUGGGCACCCCAUCCUAAGAAACAGAAAACAGUCCUGCUAAUAAAUAUAUAUAGGAUUGAUAACCUCUACCAGAGACUCCACUCACUCAGUGAUGUCAAGGAAAGUCCCACCCACUAGAGGUGUAGCAGUAGGUUUUAGUUUAAAUUCCGUUUGCAAUCAGAGGAGCUUUGUUAAUUUUAAGAUGGAAAGGUAUUUGUAUGAAGAAUACCACGAAGAUUUUGCUUACUUUUAAUUUGGUAAAUGUCACUUUUAUUUAGUAGUUUGAAAUUAAAUCUCAAAUCUUUAUAAUAGUGAGAAACAGCCCAAAUAUUUCAUAUAUGGUAAGAAAAGGGCCAAAGCUUGUAGUUACAGCAGGCCUCGAGUCUCUGAUUUGAGGUGAGAAUGUGAUUCCUGUGGAAAUCCCUUCUAACCCUCCAGUACGUUUUCUUAAUUUCUUCCAUUGACUCAAGUAUUUUGAGGGCAUAUAUAGGCCGAGCCAUUUGAGCAUUUAAAAAUAAUAACUAUACUUUGGGUAUCCAGCUCAUUACUGUGAUAUUCCUUGGGAACAAAAGACACAGAAAAGGAAUUUUUUUUAAAAGGUGAAUUCCAUUCACUUGCAUUAUAUCCUGACUAGGGAGCUGAAAUAACCCAUUUUCAGAGCUCUUCAGGGUGAUUACUCUGCAUUUGCUGCAGAGUAGCCCUGGUCAGGAGAAAGGGUUUAAAUAAUCCCACCAGUGAUCUUUUUUUUUUUCUCUUUUGCUUUUUGCUCUGCACUUUCUUGUCAUUAUAACGGAUGCUUUCCUGCCUGUAUCUGUUGUUAAUGAAACAGCUUCUUUU